CCAAAGAAAAUAACAUAGUUCAGAAGGAAAAAUAACAAAAACAAAUUGCUGCAGAUUUUAUUUUACAAUAUGUAAGAAAAUCUACAAUUUCUUCAAGACAGUCAUAUUAAGGAAGCAGUCAUGUUUCCAUGAGUCCUCAAAACUAUGUGACAAGAGAAUGUAGUAGAGUGAGGCCAGAAGUCCUUACUGGCUCAAAGAACUCCAGGGAAACUGGGAUAGAACAUUUUACAUUAUAAGUAGAAUCCCGGGAGCCAGAGGUGGAACACAAGUUUAUCUGCAGAGCUCCGCUGCAGGGCUGAUCUGGGUCUGGAAGAAAUGGAUGAGAGCCACUGGAUGAAAUUCACUAAUACUAGACACCUGAGUCCUCUAGUAAUAGAUUUGUGAAUGAACUUUGCUAAGUAUGGAUUCAGGUGGUGGAAGUCUUGGAUUGCACACAUCAGACUGUAGAAUGGCCCAUACCAUGAUUAUGCAGGAUUUUGUGGCUGGAAUGGCUGGUACUGCGCAUAUCGAUGGAGACCAUAUUGUUGUUUCGGUUCCUGAGGCUGUAUUAGUUUCUGAUGUUGUCACAGAUGAUGGGAUAACUCUUGAUCAUGGCCUUGCAGCUGAAGUUGUCCAUGGGCCUGAUAUCAUCACUGAGACUGAUGUAGUAACAGAAGGGGUAAUUGUUCCUGAAGCUGUACUUGAAGCUGAUGUUGCUAUUGAAGAAGAUUUAGAGGAAGAUGAUAGUGAUCAUAUCUUGACUUCUGAGCUAAUUACAGAAACCGUUAGAGUACCUGAGCAGGUUUUUGUGGCUGACCUUGUUACUGGUCCUGAUGGACACUUAGAACAUGUGGUCCAAGAUUGUGUUUCAGGAGUUGACUCUCCCACAAUGGUAUCAGAGGAGGUUCUUGUAACUAAUUCAGAUACAGAAACUGUGAUUCAAGCAGCUGGUGGUGUUCCUGGUUCUUCAGUUACUAUUAAAACCGAAGAUGAUGAUGAUGAUGAUGAUGAUGAUGAUGUCAAGAGCACUUCUGAAGACUACUUAAUGAUAUCUUUGGAUGAUGUUGGGGAAAAAUUAGAGCAUAUGGGGAACACACCAUUAAAAAUUGGCAGUGAUGGUUCACAGGAAGAUGUUAAAGAAGAUGGAUUUGGUUCAGAAGUAAUAAAAGUGUAUAUAUUUAAAGCUGAGGCUGAAGAUGAUGUUGAAAUAGGUGGAACAGAAAUUGUCACAGAGAGUGAGUACACCAAUGGACAUUCUGUAGCUGGAGUGCUUGACCAGAGUCGAAUGCAGCGGGAGAAGAUGGUUUACAUGGCAGUUAAAGAUUCUUCUCAAGAAGAAGAUGAUAUUAGUUGCGCUGAAAUAGCAGAUGAAGUUUACAUGGAAGUCAUUGUAGGGGAAGAGGAAGGAACUUCUCUCCCUGAGACUCAGCUUGAGGACUCUGAUGUUAAUAAAACAAUUGUCCCUGUUGUCUGGGCUGCGGCAUAUGGAGAUGAAAGAAGAGUUUCCCGGAGGUAUGAAGAUUGUCAAGCAUCAGGAAAUACUUUGGACUCAACAUUAGAAAGCAGAAGUAGUACAGCAGCACAGUACCUUCAAAUUUGUGAUAGCAUUAAUGCAAAUAAAGUACUUAAACAAAAAGCCAAGAAGAGGAGAAGGGGAGAAACCAGGCAGUGGCAAACAGCUGUUAUAAUAGGCCCUGAUGGACAGCCCCUGACAGUAUACCCUUGCCAUAUUUGCACAAAAAAGUUUAAAUCCAGGGGAUUCUUGAAAAGACACAUGAAGAAUCAUCCUGAUCAUUUGAUGAGAAAAAAAUACCAGUGUACAGAUUGUGACUUCACAACUAACAAGAAAGUGAGUUUCCAUAACCACUUGGAAAGCCAUAAGCUUAUAAACAAAGUUGACAAAACCCAUGAAUUUACAGAAUACACACGAAGAUACAGAGAGGCUAGUCCACUGAGUUCAAAUAAACUUAUAUUAAGAGACAAGGAGCCGAAGAUGCACAAGUGCAAAUACUGUGACUAUGAAACUGCAGAACAAGGACUGUUAAACAGACAUUUACUGGCUGUUCAUAGCAAAAAUUUUCCUCAUGUUUGUGUUGAGUGUGGUAAGGGCUUUCGACAUCCUUCUGAACUCAAGAAACACAUGAGAACCCAUACUGGUGAGAAGCCAUAUCAGUGUCAGUAUUGUGUCUUCAGGUGUGCAGAUCAGUCAAAUCUGAAAACUCACAUUAAGUCUAAACAUGGUAACAAUUUGCCAUAUAAAUGUGAGCAUUGUCCUCAAGCAUUUGGUGAUGAGAGGGAGCUUCAACACCAUCUGGAUUUGUUUCAAGGACAUAAGACACACCAGUGUCCUCAUUGUGACCAUAAGAGCACCAACUCAAGUGACCUUAAGCGGCACAUCAUAUCUGUCCAUACUAAGGAUUUUCCUCACAAAUGUGAGGUCUGUGAAAAAGGUUUCCAUCGUCCUUCUGAGCUCAAAAAGCAUAGUGAUAUCCAUAAGGGUAGGAAGAUUCAUCAGUGUAGGCACUGUGACUUUAAAACAUCAGAUCCAUUUAUUCUUAGUGGUCAUAUCCUUUCAGUUCAUACUAAGGAUCAGUCAUUGAAGUGUAAAAGGUGCAAAAGAGGGUUCAGGCAACAAAAUGAACUCAAAAAACAUAUGAAGACCCACACUGGAAGGAAGAUUUACCAAUGUGAGUAUUGUGAAUACAGCACUACAGAUGCAUCGGGCUUUAAACGACAUGUGAUAUCAAUACAUACAAAAGACUAUCCACACAGGUGUGAAUUCUGCAAGAAGGGAUUCCGAAGACCAUCAGAAAAAAAUCAGCAUAUUAUGAGGCACCACAAGGAGGCUCUUAUGUAAUAAGAUCAAUAUAAAGAAAGAAGCUAUUUAGAAAAUAUGAUACACUACAUGGGAUGAAAAUUUCAUGAACUGUUUCAUCUAGUUCCAAAGCUUGAUAGUAAAUCAUAACUUUACAUUCUUUGUAUUAGAGAUCUUGAAAUAUUUGAAAUGACAGGGGAUCUUAUACCCCUUUGAAAAUUACUUAAAGAAUUUAAGAAGCACCAUAGAAUGGUUGCAGAAAAACUCUUAAGUGUCUAUUUAAUAGUGUUAUAUGCAUAAACUACAGAAGGGAAGAGCAAAGACAAUGACUUUAUUGGCUGAUCAUACUAGAGAUCAAUACUUCUGAAAAGAUCAUACAUAAUUGAGUUUAACAAUGCUUUGCUAUGGCAAGCAAGCCUCACUUUUAUGUGAUUUUAGAAAUGAAGUGGGGAAAUAAAAUUUAGUCAUGCAUCAGUCACUUAGUCAUUGGGCCUUUUUUAUGGUACCUGAAAAUUGAAUUCCAGAAAUGGCAAAAGUUUUAUGUAUCCAUUAAAAGAAAUUCCACUGGAAAACAGCUUAUAUUAAUUCAGUACUAUUAAAAAGAAUUUCAGAGCUGCUAAGAUUUUAUCACAGGAUAGGAUGUUUAAAAUAUAGCAUUCUUUCCUGAAGUGUAAAGUGAAGUUUAGGAUUACAGUUCUCUUUUUUCUGAUGUUCAGGUUGAUUUUUCAGUAUGGCAUAUAUGACAAAAGUAUGUUUGAGUCAAAUGUGGCUUUCUAAAACAGAUGCAACAGUAGUGUUGCAAAUAAAGUUAGCACUAUAUUUCUUAAUGAUCUAAAGUUUAAACUGGGAGAACAGUUUUCUUAAAUACUAUGUUUAGAAGUUUCUUUUUAGGGCAGUCUUAGCAAGUAUGAUUGUUCUAUUUGUACUUGCUCUAAUGUUUAAAGGUGCAAUUUUAUGCCAUUAUUGGAAAUGUUGAUUUUUUAAAAUCUAUAUACCAUAUUAUUAACAUGAAUUUUCAAUAUGAUGCAGUAUAUAUGCAGUAUUUAACAAAACACUAUGCUGCCAGUAGAGUUUGGAGGUGGAUAUUCAGUUUACAGUGUAUAAAUUUAAAAUAUGCAUCCCUUUAACAAUGCUUUGUGUUAGCAUGCUGCAAAUCAAAAUGGCGCUUAAUAUAAAAAGCUGGUUUAGGGAAAUUUAAUGAAACUCCUGUUCAUAAAUGUAAUGCAUAUGAUGUGUACUUUUAAGUUAUAGUUGCUUCAUGUUUACACUCAGCUGUUCAACAUAACUAAAAUGUAAUUUUACUUUAUGCUAUAUUGUGACUUUGUGUUUUAAAUAAUGUUCACCUUUCUGUUUUUGCACCAGAUAAGGAUCUGUUCCUUGAGAAUAAAUUUUUUAUCUUUCUUAACUUCAGAAUAUUAAAUUUGGAAAAUCUAAAAUAGUGUGUUAUGUGGCUGUAAAUGAUGUACACGCUGUAAAAUAAGAUUGUCAUUGUUAUGUGGGAUUAUUAUUUCUAAAUGUUACUCAUUGAAAUGAGCAUACAAUAAAAAGCAUUUAUUGCA